AUGAAUUACACUGAUGAUUUAAGUGAAAUAAUUAAACGAGAUUUCUUUCCUUCCCUUUUAACCCUUGAAGCACGACACGAUUACGUAAAUUCUUGGAGUACAAAUAACCCUGAUCUAAUUAUUCAAGCCACUCAAAAAUUAAAUGAAUACGUAGAUGCUUGGAGUUCAAAUAACUCUGAUCUAAUUAUUCAAGUUACUCAAAAAUUAAAUGAUUUAGCUAAUAAUACUCUUACUUCUUUAUCCGUACCUGUCACCACCACUACCACUGCUGAUACUAUUAAUAGAACAACGAUAACUAGAGAUGAAUGGGAUAUUCCAGAUUCAACUUCGGAUUCAAAUCUGUUUAAAAUUCCCGCAUCCAAAAAGUAUAAUGCAAAUUUACCAGAAAUAUUAGAAAAUUCAGUUAAACCCAUAUUUUUAAAACAUUCAAAAAUUCACACGGAAAAACGGGAAGGAAAAACAUUUAGUAAACGAAUAUUAAAUUAUGGUGAAAAUGAUUUAUGGCGAGGUGAAAUUUCACAUGCAGGAUCAGAAAUAGAAUCAACAAUUGGAUUAAUAAUUCCACCAAUUUUAUCAUUAAUUGAUGAUUAUGAUAUUAGAUUCAAGACUCAAGGUGUAAUCAUAUUAAAUCAUUUAUUAAAAAAAGUUAAAAAAUCAGAAAUCAUUCAACGAUCAGGAUUAAGUGAUGUAUUUUAUGAUGCAUUAUUAAAUUGUCUUAGUUAUCAACAAGAAAUUACUCAUGUAUCAUUAUUACAAUCAAGUUAUUCAGCUAUCAUUGAAUUAAUAUCAACUGUUGAUUCAAUGGAAUCUGAAUCGAGAUAUUUAAAAUAUGAGAAAAUAUUAUCUCAACAUAUAAUUAAAGGAUUCAUUUAUGCAGGUGAUAAAUUGGUUAUUAAACAAGUUUUAUUGGAUCAAGUUAUUCCACUUGUUAGUGAAUUAGGAAUUGUUGUUGUUAAAUAUUUAAAGGAUUUAAUAAAUUAUCUUUGUAGUACAUUGGAAAUUCCAUUAAUAGUUUCCAAUAGAGAUGAAAUAUUGAAUUUACAUUUAACUGCUUCAAAAGGAAUUGAAAAAUUAAUAAUUAAAUGUUGGCCAAGAAUACCUCAAUAUGAAGGUGUGAUAUUAAAGUCAAUAGCAACUUCAUGGUAUAAUAUAAAUGAUAUAAGUCAAUUUAAACAAAGUGAAUGGAAAGAUAAUAAUAUUGAUAAUAUUGAUAAUAUUGAAACACUUAAAAAAACAUUAAGGAAAUUAUAUCAACUAUUAAAAUCAGUUUGUGUUAAUAUUAAUAAUUCAAAAAUUCUUGAG